AUGCGGACACCUCGAGCGGUGAGAGCAUGGCAGUCGGCCGACGCCGCCCUGGCCGCGGAGAUCCACCGCCGGCCUGUGGGCGGUGGGGCGGAUGUGGCCAUGGCCGAGGACCCCGGUUGGACGCCGCAUCGGCAGUUUGCGCCCGAAGAGUUGCGGUACAACCCCAUCACUCACCAGGUGGAUGUCUUCGUGAAUGUGGAUGGUGACAUCCAAAAAUGCGAACCAUCUGUGGGGGAACCCAGGGCCAUUGGGUUGAGGCAAUCACUGGGAAAUAGGCGGAAGAAUAUCGCCAGGCAGGGGUUGCUGUGGCGCGUGGCUUUGGAGAAUCUGGAGACCUGGGCUACGCAGCCGGAGAAAAGGCUUGUCAGAGUGCAGGUCUCAGUUCAAAAAGCGCCAGCGCGGCUGGGUAUCUGGCCGUUUUUGGAGGCCUAG